GUGGGUGAGCGAUGGUUGGCGCGGACCUCUGCCCGGAACUGCGCCCAGUAGGUCAGCCCGGGGCGACCCAGCGCGGCGGGCGGAGGCGGAGACGGAGGCCGAGCGGCCAGCAAGCGGGUGCGCCCGGCUUCGUCGCGCGGUGACGGCGGCCAUGGCUGGAAGCGAGCCCCGCGGAGCCGGCUCGCCGCCGCCCGCCAGCGACUGGGGCCGCCUGGAGGCCGCCAUCCUGAGCGGCUGGAGGACCUUCUGGCAUUCGGUGGGCAAGGAGCGGGCGGCGCGGACGGUCUCCCGGGAGGAGGCGGAGGAGGAGACCAGCGCGCUGACGCGGCUGCCGAUUGAUGUGCAGCUGUAUAUCCUGUCAUUCCUUUCACCCCAUGAUCUGUGCCAGCUGGGAAGCACAGACCGUUACUGGAAUGAAACCGUGAGAGACCCGAUCCUCUGGAGAUAUUUUCUCUUGCGGGACCUCCCUUCUUGGUCUUCUGUUGAUUGGAAGUCACUUCCGGAUCUAGAGAUCUUAAAAAAGCCCAUAUCUGAGGUCACCAACAGCACGUGUUUUGAUUACAUGAAGGUUUAUAAAAUGUGCUGUCCAUAUACAAGAAGAGCCUCGAAAGCCAGCCGUCCUGUGUAUGGAGCUGUUACCUCUUUCUUACACUCAUUGAUCAUUCAGAACGAACCCCGAUUUGCUAUGUUUGGACCAGGCUUGGAAGAAUUGAACACAUCUUUGGUGUUGAGUUUGAUGUCUUCUGAGGAACUUUGCCCAGCUGCUGGUUUGCCUCAUAGACAGAUUGAUGGUAUUGGAUCUGGAGUCAAUUUUCAGUUGAGCAAUCAACAUAAAUUCAACAUCCUGAUAUUAUAUUCGACUACCAGGAAGGAGAGAGACAGAGCAAGGGAAGAGCACACAAGCACCGUUAACAAGAUGUUCAGCCUACAGAGUGAAGGCAAUGAACAAGGAAGCCGCUACAGUGUGAUCCCACAGAUUCAGAAGGUGUGUGAGGUUGUAGAUGGCUUCAUCUAUGUGGCAAACGCCGAAGCUCAUAAGCGACAUGAAUGGCAAGAUGAAUUUUCUCGUAUUAUGGCCAUGACAGAUCCAGCUUUUGGAUCUUCAGGAAGACCACUGCUGGUUUUAUCUUGUACUUCUCAAGUGGAUGUAAAAAGAAUGCCCUGUUUUUAUUUAGCUCAUGAGCUGCGUCUCAGCCUUCUAACCCACCCGUGGAUGGUCCAGGAUAUGGAGGCUGAAACUCUGACGGGAUUUUUGAAUGGCAUUGAGUGGAUUCUUGAGGAAGUAGAAUCUAAGCGUGCAAAAUGAUGUUCCCUUUGGACCUUGGGAAACCACAGGGCAGGACUUAGGUGUUUCUCAUCCAUCCUGUUCCUGCUUUUCUGUAGGAGGGUUUCACACUGGACAGCUGCAGAUGCCAUGGUUCUGACUUUACCAUAAAUCAGUUUCAAUCCUACUACUUUCCCCCAAAAUGAACUCUCAUAUUUUUGAUAACUUUUAUAUUUUCUGUCUUUUUGAAAAUAUUAAAUUCUGAAAAACAAAA